AAGAUGUUUUGCGACGAGAACAUAUGGAAUUAAUAGUUUUGUGAAGGGAUUCAAAAUACUGGUUAUGAAGGUUUUCUCAAGAUUGAUAAAAGAAAUGGAUUUCAAUCGAUUAAUCUCUAAUAUAAAAGUGGUCAACUAUAUCCAGAUACCGAUAUCCAACUGGUUUUAACUAUAUCUAGUCAAUAUACAGCUACUGAUAUCCAUCAAGAAGUCAUCGAUAUUGAGAAAAAAUAUAUAAGAAACAAAAAAGAUUACCAGGAGAUCAGACGGAGCUAUGGACGAGUUAAUGAAUGCUGAGUUUAAAGAAGCGUUUGAUGAGUUUGACAAGGACGGAAGUGGAUCUAUAUCAACCAAAGAACUUCUAGGAGUAAUGAGAUCCAUGGGACAAAACCCGACUGAGGACGAGGUUCUGGAGCUGGUAAUGGAGGUGGAUCUGAACGGAGAUGGAACAAUUGAUUUCCAGGAGUUCUUACAAAUGAUGAAGAAGAAGAGCUCCGAGGAGGACCAGAUGGAGGACUUGAGAGAAGCUUUUCGAAUGUUUGAUAGAAACAAAGAUGGAUUCAUUGAUCUGGUGGAACUACGGAAGGUGACGAGUAUUAUGGGAGCUACCUUGUCUACAACAGAGAUUCAGGAGUUCAUGAAGGAAGCAGAUAAGGACGGAAAUGGAAAGAUUGAUUACGAUGAGUUUGUCAACAUGAUGAAACAAUACUGAUAGAUUUAUCCAAGGGCAGGAUUAAUCCUGAGUACUCAGAGAUAUAAUGACAAUCAUAAUCUUGAUGUUUGCACAGAACAUUUAUGUUUACAAUUUAAGAAAAGGAUCGUGAGGGUUUGUCCUGCUGAUUAGAAUUAUUAAACCAAGGAUUUGUAUCCUGAAUAUGUCCUAGAGCCCCUGUGAUGUAUGUAUUGUAUAUUUAUAGUCCUGUAAUCUGUUUGUUGAGGAAACUACUACAGAUCAGCACCCUGUGUUUUUAUCUAUUCCUUGCUACACCCUGUAUCUGAAAUACAUAUUUUUUAAUUCCAAAAAUGUAUUUUUUCUAUAUCACAUUUUAAACAGUGUUUAUUAUUGUAAAUAAUGAGGUGAAAUUUAACAUAUUUUAAUCUGCUUAUAUAAGGAAAAUGUAAUUGUUAGAAUUAAAAAAAAACAUUUUUUAUAGAGAACUACAAAAAAAUUUAACCAAUUCAAAGUUUUCAAGGAAUGUAUUGCACGCCUAAUUGACCAAGGUAACCAAAUGUAAAUGGCGAAGCAUAAUUUAGAAUUUCAAGAAAAAUUAGCAUACAGGGACAUUUUAUUGUUUAAUUAUCCCAUGAAGAGUUCAAUACAAGAACUAUCUAACAAAUUAUUUUUCUACCUCAGGUAGUUUGUAAAACUUUUUCCGAACCCCAGAUGUCAUCCUCCGAACCCCAGUUGUCAUCCUCCGAACCCCAGAUGUAAUCAUCCGAACCCCAGAUGUAAUCCUCCGAACCCCAGAUGUCAUCCUCCGAACCCCAGAUGUAAUCCUCCGAACCCCAGAUGUCAUCCUCCGAACCCCAGAUGUCAUCCUCCGAACCCCAGAUGUCAUCCUCCGAACCCCAGAUGUCAUCCUCCGAACCCCAGAUGUCAUCCUCCGAACCCCAGAUGUAAUCCCCCGAACCUCACAACAAGAGCAUCAGAAAAAUUUGCAAGGUUUUGAUCCGAGGAUUAAGUAAACUUCCCGACGAGUAGCUCACAAAGAUCCUGACUUAGGAGACAAAGCUAUAAAGUUGCAUCAUUUUUCAUGACCGGGUCGACUUUAAAGUGUUGCGACUCAUUGACCUUGAUUCUAAGAAAUCUAAAUGGAGGAAAAGAAUUAAAAUUUUUCUCUGAAAUAUCAUCUUUUGUUAGUAAGAUUGUACAGUAAUAACCAGAAAACAAUGGAAUAGGAAGACGACAUUAUAUUAAUACUAAAGUGUAUGUAAUAGUGUUACAAAGCAACUAGUUUUACUAGACACAAAAAAAUCACUUAUUUUGUGAAAUGGGUCUGUUUACACUGCACAAAUGCUGUGUUUCAAGGUCAUUGAACUUUUUUGAUUCUCAAAAACGUUCUACUAUUCCAGAGUUUUCUGGUUAUCACUGUAAGUAUCUAAUUCCAGCAAUAUAUAUUCUCAUAAUUGUGAUAUUUGCAGCUUUUGUUCUAAUUGUUGAAUAGUAUGCCUAUGCACAUUGUACUAUCUACACAUAUCAUUAUAAAUACCUGCAUAUA